AUGCGAAAUGGGCCGCGAGGACAGGCCACACACAGCUGGGAUGAGCUGCCGGACGAGAUCUUAUUGCAGAUCAUUGCCUACCUUGAGCCAUAUCACAUUACACGCCUGCAGCUAGUUUCGCGCAAAUUGCAGGAGCUUUGCCUGGAUGACGAGCUGUGGAAGCAGCAUUGCUUCGACGACUCGCCGUGGUAUCUUCAGCUCCUGAGCAGACGCGGCUCUGCUCCCACUUUCUUCGGCCUCGCCACUGACGGCUACGGCGUGCAAGACGGGGCGCACGACGUGCAAGAUGUUGUAUCCCCGACCGAAAGUCCAGAUCGAGUCGUCCUACCGCCCGUACCGACGACGGUCGAUAGCAAACACCGCAGAUGGCAGCGGAUACAAGACCUGGCGAACUGGGACCCGUCCUUCCCAACCGAACGAGUAUCGUGGUGCGAUGAAUACAUUCAGCGCUAUGCACCAGCCUGUAUAUCAUGGCUGCAAACGCCGCGUAUGCGAGACCGUGGAAUGGAGGCAAUAAUCGAAUCGCGUGGCGUCGCUUUGUACCAUCCGCACGACGGCAACGAUGGAGAUGGGACAAUGCUGGCUGUAUCUCCACUCGAUGAUGGAUCUGUCUGCCUCUGGGAUAUUAAGGGCACGCGAGGUAAACAGGGAAGCAUAAUUGGGCGUAGUAAGCCGGACAUACUUUUCAUCGACGGGCCAAGCGGCCAGAACCAGCGACGGUCGAAGCGAAUUGACACGGGGGUGACCGAGUGUGUUAGCGUCGGCCACCGAAACAAUAGAGCCUUCUUUGCCGUCCAGAGUCAUCUUAUCGAGGUCGACCUGCACUGCCUCGAAGUUGUAAGCCGCCAAUCGUUUGAAUGGUCAAUUACAACCAUGUCUGCUGCCAACGAGGGCCUGCCUCUCACCGUCGGGACGUCCCUCGGCAUUCAUUUGCAUGAUUCUCGGGCGCGGAGUAUGAUCGCGAGCGAUUCAUCCGAGCGAAUUGAAUGGAACGGGUCGGAUGUCUACAAAUCUAUUUUCGAUCCUAGGCCGCUCCCUCCAUAUGCGUCGCUGUCGCAGCCAACGCCGAUCAGCAUUCUGCAUCUUCCAAAACCCGGCUCGCACAGUCAGAUUUCAGAUGAUAUCUAUGUUUCUGGAAGGUUCACCAACAUUUUACACUAUGAUCGGCGCAAGUUUCCAGCCAUUGUCGGGUCAAUAUAUUCGGGCGGCUUGAUCAAGAGUUUGGCUGCUGUACCAUAUCCAUAUUCGACGGUCGACUAUGAAGUCCGGCGGCAAGGCGAGUUUCCCGUGGAGCAAAUAUCGCGAAUUAAAAGGACCAACGGCGGUGUUACCAUGGUUGCUGGCGGCGCGUACAAGCUGAAAGGAUCCCUUGAGAUGUACGGGUUGAGCUCGGCUGUCCAUUCAAACGAACGGGCAACAUUGCAAAAUGCAUCAAUGAAGAAUCGGCAAACGGCUGCCUCGUCGACGAUCCUCUCGCUCACGACGCACGGAACCAGGAUUGCCUUUUCAGAUGGUAGCGGGCUGAUCAAGUGGUUUGAGAGAGAUGGCGUUACGGAAUGCCGGCGACAUAAAAUCGGAUCGUGCGACGCCAAGGAAAAUAAUCUCUUUGCCAGCAGUGAACGGGGCGAGAUUGCGCGCAAGAUUGUGUCGACAAAGUCGUGUGCGGGUCAGGAUGGACUGAAUAACAAGAACAACAACAUACUAUUUUGGACGGGCGAGAGGCUUGGGAUGCUGAGCUUCACGACAGCGCCAAUGUACCAAUCUGAGGACUUUGAAGAAAAGAACGAAGAGGCGGCAGUGGAGGACGAGAAGCGGCAGCGGUAUGCUGACAAGAUGCGUGAGGCACUCGAGAGACAGACGGAUGAGAUACGACUCAUGAGUCGCUUCGGCCACGGCCCAGCAUAA